GAACUAUUGAUAUCAGUCUGCCUUCCACAUCCUUGAUCCUUCAGUCUAUUUCUUAGCGCAACCCCUGUGUGGCCUUGAGUGGUGUGUCGUGUUCCUCCCCAGGACUCUUCACCAGAGACUCUCUACCAUUUCCAUAGAGUCAUCCUACCAGAGGUCAAAGAUCACAAAAAACCUACAGAAACAGGAAAUCAAACUUCCUAAGUCCACUGCAAAACACAGAAACUUGUUUCCUCGACACAUCUCAAAUUGGCAGAGCUCUGUCUCUGCAGAUUCAGUGUGGAAGCAGCUGUGGAAAAAGCUGAAAGAACUUUGUCCCCCAAAUUCACCUGGGUUUUCUUGCUUCAUAUUACUGAGAUGAAGGGAGCAAAAUUAUUUGUCCUACUUUGUAGUUUAUGGACUGGAGGCGUUGGGCUUAACAACACUGAGCAUUCUUGGACUACACCUGAGGAUGGAAACUCCCAGAAGACUAUGUCUUCUGCUUCAGUUCCUCCACUUAAAAUACAAAGUCUCCAAACACUGCCAGCCCUUCAGAUCACCUCAGCUGAGAUAGCCACAACUCCUGAAGCAAGAACUCCUGGAGAAAGGUAUGGAAAGUCAACGGGACUUCCCUUAGAGACCAAUGCUCCUGAUGAGACUGGGGGAAACCCCAAUCUCACGCCCACAGAGAAGACAGAAGAAGACAGAAAAAAACUUGCCUUCUCCACUCCACCAACCAUCAAACUCAAUCCUGGACCAAAGUCGGUGGUCCUUUCCAACUCUACAAUGAAAUUUCUUCAAAGCUUUGCCAAAAAGCCAAAUCAACAAGCAGCCUCUCUAAACUCACCUGGAAGCAUAGGGAAUCGAUCCCCCCGGCAGACAUACCUCAGCAGAGGUGACAGUAUUCCAAGCCAGAGAACCAGCUAUCAAAAACCAAGUUUUGAGACAACUAGAGGAAAGAACUGGUGUGCUUAUGUACAUACCAGGUUAUCUCCCACAGUCAUAGCGGACAACCAGGUCACUUAUGUUCCAGCUGGGAGAGGGGCCUGUGGCUGGACCGGGGGAUCCUGUCCUCAGAGAUCUCAAAGAAUAUCAAAUCCUGUCUACAGGAUGCAACAUAAAAUUGUGACCUCAUUAGACUGGAGAUGCUGUCCUGGAUUUAGCGGGCCACAAUGUCAGCUCAAAGCCCAGGAACAGCAGCAGUUGAUACACAGCAACCAGGCCGAAAGUCAUGCGUUUAUUGGCAGAGAGACAGCUGAGCAGCAGCAGCAACAGCAACAGCAGCAGCAGCAGCAGCAGCAGCAGCAAGACUGUGGUGACCCAGCAGUGAUGCAAAAAAUAACCAACCAGAUGGAUCACCAGGCAGUGAAAUUGACUCUUCUGCAGAAGAAUAUAGACAAUAUCUCUUUGGCUCUAGAUGAUGUAAGAAACACAUACUCCUCCCUUGAAAGGAAAAUCAGUGAAGAUAAAGGCAGGGAAUUUCAAUCUUUUCUAAAAGGUCUAAAAUCCAAAAGUGUUAAUGAUUUGAUAAAGGACAUAGUAAGAGUACAAUUUAAAAUUUUCCAAAGUGACAUGGAAGAGACUGUGGCACAGCUUUUUAAGACUGUAUCAAGUCUAUCUAAGGACCUCGAAAACACCAGGCAAAUCAUUCGGCAAGUUAAUGAGUCUGUGGUUUCAAUAGCAGUCCAGCAAAAGUCUGUUUUAAUGCAAGAAAACAGGCCCUCUUUGAUGGAUAUAGUGGAUCUAAAGAAUAGCAUUGUGAAUGUAAGGGAAGAAAUGAUUUUUACAUGUGAGAAGCCCGUUAAAGAACUGGAAGCCAAACAGGCCCACUUAGAAAGUGCUCUAGAAACAGAACGUUCAAGGAACACUUUUUAUUAUGAAUCCUUCAAUGAGACUCUUUCUAGAAUGAAGGAAGUACAUGAACAGCUUUGGUCAACUGAACAUGGCUCAGACUGGAAGAAUGUUUCAGUUGCUGCAUUGGUUACCAAUAAUGUCACCAAGUCCAUGUCUACUCUGCAUGAGAAUAUAAAGAAGCAGGGUUUGAUGAUGCUGCAAAUGUCCAGUGAUUUGCAUAUCCAAAACAGCAAGAUUAAUAAUCUCACCCUUACUUUGGAGAAGGAGAAAGAAUCUGUCAGGGGCGAAUGUGAAGACAUGUUAUCUAAGUGCAGAAAUGAUUUUAAAUUUCAACUUAAGGACACAGAAGAAAAUAUCCAUGUGUUAAAUCAAACAUUAGCUGAGGUCCUCUUCCCAAUGGACGAUAAGAUGGAUAAAAUGAAUGAGCAACUAAAUGAUUUGACUUAUGAUAUGGAGAUCCUUCAACCCUUGCUUGAGCAGGGAGCAGCUCUUAAGCAGACAAUGACACAGGACCAAACAAAGGAAGCAGUAGUCACAAGGAAAAAGGUGGAAAAUCUGACCAGUGCUGUCAAUAGUCUAAAUGUUCUUAUCAAAGAACUUACAAAAAGAUACAACUUACUUAGAAGCGAGGCCCAGAAGCGUGAUGACACCUUAGAAAGACGCAUCAAUGACCAUGCCUUAGAAAUGGAAGAUGGCCUGAAUAAGACUAUGACUAUCAUAAACAAUGCCAUUGAUUUCAUUCAGGAUAAUUAUGUGCUGAAAGAAACCUUCAAUGCUAUAAAGUACAAUCUUGAGGUUCAUCAUAAAUGUUCCUCAAAUAUGCAAACUGUUUUGGCAUUUAUUCCUCAGUUCCAACGUUUGAAUGAUUCUAUUCAGAUGUUAAUCAAUGACAAUCAGAAAUACAAUUUGGUUUUACAAGUUGCCAAGGCCCUUGCAGAUAUUCCUGAAGAUCAGAAACUAAGUCUGUCCAAUUUUCAGAAGAUUUAUCAAAUGUUCAAUGAAACCACUUCCCAAGUGACAAAAUACCAGAAAGACAUGAGUGAUUUAGAAGAAAAAGUAUUCUCAGCCACUAGGAGUUCUGAACAUUUUGAAACUCGGUUGCAAGGCAUUGAAGCUAAAAUGACCCAGAUUCUCAUACCUUAUUAUAUUUCACUGAAAAAAGGCAGUGCGGCUACAAGUGAGAGAGACCAAGCUCUUCAACUGCAGGUAUUAAAUUCCAGAUUUAAGGCACUGGAAGCUAAAUCCAUUCAUCUUUCAAUUAACUUCUCUUUGCUUAACAAAACUGUCAAUGAAGUUUUAACGCUGUGUCAUAAUGCCUCUACAAGUAUAUCUGAGCUGAAUGCUACCUUUCCUAGGUGGGUAAAAGAUUCCCUGCCAGAGAGUCAACUUCUUCCAAAAGGACUGACAGAAUAUGUAGGAUCAAUCAUUGAAAUAAAAACUCAAGCUGCUCUAUCUAAUUUAACUUGGUAUAUAGAUCGAUCGUUGUCUGAUAGUCUGGCAAAUGUUGUUAAGUCUCAAAAGCAAGUAAAAUCCUUGCUGAAGAAACCAAAUACACUGAAGAGACCAACAGUGAAUCUUACCACUAUCCUUAUAGGCCGGACUCAGAGAAACACAGAUAAUGUUAUCUACCCUGUUACAGAGUCUCCUGGCUGCAGUAGGUCCCCAUGCCAGAAUGGAGGCACGUGUAUAAGUGGAGGGACUGGCUUUAUCUGUGCUUGCCGACAUCCCUUCACUGGUGACAACUGCACUGUCAAGCUGGUAGAAGAAAAUGCAUUAGCCCCAGAUUUUUCCAAGGGCUCUUACAGAUAUGCACCGAUGGUAGCGUUUUUUGCAUCUCACACGUAUGGAAUGACGACACCUGGUCCUAUCCUGUUUAAUAAUUUGGAUGUCAAUUAUGGCGCUUCCUAUACCCCACGAACUGGGAAGUUCAGAGUUCCGUAUCUUGGAGUGUAUGUUUUCAAGUAUACCAUUGAGUCAUUUAGUGCUCAUGUCUCUGGGUUUUUAGUGGUGGAUGGUAGAGACAAGCUUACCUUUGAGUCUGAAAAUAUGAACAGUGAAAUCCACUGCGAUAGGGUUUUAACUGGGGAUGCCUUGUUAGAAUUAAAUUAUGGGCAGGAAGUGUGGCUGCGACUCGUAAAAGGGACAAUUCCAGCCAAGUUUCCUCCUGUUACUACAUUUAGUGGUUACUUGUUAUAUCGUACGUGAGUUACUAUGAAAGACAGGCUACCACCUUUCCUGAGAGGCAGCUAGUGUUCGUGUUUAUCUUCACAUGCACAUCUGCUCUGUUUUGUUUUGUUUUACAUCAAAUGUAAACCAGCUUCUUUUUUAAUCCGAGUAAAGCUGUACCUUUGUUCAUUUUAUAAAAUUAUUUGCCUAUCUUCUAGAUAGCCUGUACAAGAAGGAGUUUUUGAACCUAAAGUAAUUUAGUGUCACAGAAAAGAAAAUGCAUUACUUUUGUUCCUUCAUUUUAAGUCAUUUCUUCAUAGAGUAAUAUUCAAAAAUGACAAUCAGGCAACAUUAUCACUCACAGCAGUAUUCCAGGAGUCACUUAGCUUUUGUUAUUUCCUGUGCAUAUAAAUAUAAAGUAUACAUUUCUUAGAUCUUGAUGCCAAUAAAUGACUCCAAGACCAAAAAAUGCUUUUAUAACUUUUAUUUCUAGUCUUUACUGUUGAGUUGAUCAAUUUUAGAAACUACAAUUUUCAUCUGUAAUCAAAAUUAAGAAAGCUGAAGAAAACACUUGCAAUUAUCUUAACUACUGUCCUCUUCCUAUAAUUAGAAGAUAAAAGAAUGACACGUUUGGACAUUUGUUUUCAAGUUUAAGGACAUAUAAGUGGGUCGUUUACCUGUCUGUUUCACGCGACAUCUGC